CAAAAAUGGCAGCUACGUCACGAUUCUUUUGAAAUCAACAAUGCAAUAAGUGUGUAGGUAGCCUAAAGUGUAACCAUUCGUAAAGCAAGGCCUCUCAGUACUGAUCUACUUGUGUGGUAUGUCAUGGACACUCCGUACUCUUAUUCAGGCCAAGGUAGAGUCAAUCAGUUGGGAGGGGUUUUCAUCAAUGGUAGACCACUUCCCAAGAUGCUGAGAUUAAAGAUAAUCGAACUGGCACAGUUGGGAGUCCGUCCCUCCGACAUCAGCCGCCAGCUCCGAGUAUCCCACGGAUGCGUCAGUAAGAUUCUUUGCCGAUUCCAAGAGACGGGAUCUAUUGAGCCUGGAGCGGUCAUCAAUUCCACUAAGCCACGAGAUAUAACAGUGGAGAUCGAGCGCAAAAUUGAUGAAUACUGCAAAGAAAAUCCGAGUGUAUUUUCAUGCGAAAUCAGAGAGAAAUUGAUCUCUGACAGCGUGUGYGAUCGCCUAACAGUUCCCUCGCUGGGAGACAUAAGUCAGGUCCUGAAGAAUAGAAUCGCCAAUAGCGUUGAGUCAAGUGGAGGGAAAGACGCGAAGAAGAGAUUUUCUACCUCCUCUGCUGCAUCGACGUCCAGUGACGACGAAAAAGAGCAAGAAGAAGAAGGUGAUGAAAAAGUCAGAAAGUCUUCAUUUCAAAGUUCUUACUYGAUUUUGAACUUACUAAAUCUCCCAAAGCACAAAAAUGAAGAUGACAAGAAAGGAGAGAAAUAUGGCGUCAAAGUAAAAGUCGAAGUGUCAGAUGAAGAUGAAUCGUCUUCGCCUCCAGUGUCUCCAGAGCCAAUCAAUUCCCCACUGCCCACCGAACGCGAUUUCUUGUUCAACAGAAAACAACGGCGUCUGCGCACUAAAUUCACUUCCGCCCAAGUCGAGGAAUUGGAAAAAGCGUUCGUUAAGACCCAGUACCCGGAUGUAUACACRCGUGAAGAAUUAGCUCACAGAUUGAAAUUGACGGAAGCAAGAGUUCAGGUAUGGUUCUCCAAUCGGCGAGCUCGUCAAAGAAAACAAGAAACGUCAGCUGGCCAAUCACACCGWAGGAAGUCAUGUGACAUAUUAUGCACGUGCAAUCAACCAACAAUGAUGCAGCCAAUUACAUAUGUUCAAUAUCUACCAAUCAAUGGGCGCGUAUUUACAAUGCCAAUGUACACAUAGGUGAAAGUACWGCGCCAUAUACGCAAUCUGCAUUGUGCGGUGGAUUGUACUUUUUCAACAAUCUGUUUUAUGUAUUUUCAAUCUGAGGAGAAAUUGCCCUUAAAAUGCAAAGCAAUACCAUAUAUAGAAUAUAUAAAACGGUACGAAAAAAUGUAAUCGGAAACGCAGCUUAUAGGGUACCGUAAAACGUAAUUCAAGCAUAACGCAAAACGCAAACAUAACGUAAACCGUAAUAUAAAGUCUAGCAAACCGGCUUAACAUAUAAAUUACCCUCAAACGUAACUGACGUAGCUUAACAGAAUUAAAGUGUAAACGUAAUGUAUAACGUAUGGUAAAASUGAACGUAUAGCGUAAGCUCGCAUAACGUUAAGCGUAUUACGUAAAACGCUAUUCAAUGCGAUAGCUCCAAGCACUCAUAUCAAUGUAUACUAAUAUGGACAAGUCAAACUUUUCCAGCAAAUUAUUUAAUAAAAUUGCACAGAUUUAAUGAAACACCAGCACAACUAAGUUAUCAUGGAUUGAAGCAAAGUAUCUUAGACAACAUUUUCGCUGCGCGAAAAUACCGUUGUCUCUAAAUUGACUAUGAACGCGAUUUUUAAUUGAGAAUAAAUGAUACAAAUAGUUUUUUGAUGGCGUAGUAGUCUUUUUAUAGGAUGCUAAAAUUUACGUUGGCAUCAGGCCUUGAUUGGCUUAUACUAGCAUUAUCCACUGCUUUUGUUAGUUUYUUAAUCAUUACGCAAUAAUUAUAUACUCAAUUCUAUUAUACCUAAUUUGAAUAACGUAGUCAGAUUUCAAAAAGUUACAUCAUCAAAGCAAAARCCGAAAGGAAACAUUGGAUGGCAAGUAUUAGGAACAUAAGUGUGUUUCAAGGCCAAAAAGAUAGACCUAAUCGGAUAACGCGUUGCUAUAAAACGUUUCCACCCAAUUCAAACCAGCCCGGAGUAUGUUUCAUUGUUCAUUGUACUAGUAUUUUCAUUUCAGAGAUGAAUUCUUAGAAACAAAAGUUCUUUUCCCACAUGAUUUGAAUUGGGUGCAUUGUAACGUACAUGGUAACAAGUUAGCCGAUUAGGUGUAUUGCCUGCGCUGGGCCAUAUGACUUUCUAUGCUAUGUAUAACAGGAUUAGUAGGCAAAUAUGACUCGAAUUUCUGAGUAUUUGAAUUCCCUUCGGUGAUAGCUAGCGCUUGAUGAUAUAAUUUUUUUUACGUCCCGACGAUUUCAUUUAUAGGUGUAUAUCAUAAUUAAUGAUGACUUUUCUGGUCAUUCGAAAUAUUCUGAUUUCAUUAAAAGAAAUCUUGAAAUUGACUAGAGGGAAAAGGUUAGAAAAACUAUAGUCAGCUUUCCUAUUUCUGAUCUGUUAAAAUGAUAUUUCGAACAUAAGUGAACUUAUUAGUAGUCCUAAAACUUUAAAUUCAUUUGGAAACACUUAUUGUUCUUAUACUCGUAGUUUUAAAGUAUAUACACCUUUUAGUUUCAAACAAAGUUCAAAGGAAAGCUGAUCAACAAACAUGGCUACCCUGACCUUUUCUCCUCUACCCAUAAUGCUUUUGAACAAGAGCGCAUGGAAAAAUUUACAUACAAAUAAUUCCACAGGGAAUCACUUCGCCAAAUUUGCAAAAAAAUACUUUUACGUAGAAUAAAAAAAAAAGAAAGGAAAAUAAAAAAACAGAUAAAACAAAUAAAUAAAUAAGAAGAUAGACAAAUAAGAAGAUAGACUUUAAAAAUCUUGCGGUCAGUAUGCAGCAUCUGCAGAUACCUGACUUUUGCAUGAUUGUUAUUAUUUCUUAUAUUCCUUUUAUAUAAGCUAUAUUUGCAAUGUUUGUAAUGAAAUAUUUAAUUAGAAAUGCAAAAAUUAAUAAUUAUGUGAAAAUAGAGUACAAACACUAAAACUGUGCAACAUAAAUACCACUAAAUACUGCUAAAUACUGCUAAAUUAUGCUAAUUCUAUUGUUUUCUAUUGUUUAAUUAACACUAUUUUGUAGUAAAAAUAGUGGAAAGUGUUGCACACAUUUAAUGUUUGUACUCCAGCAUGACUCUAGUAAUAUAGCCAAAACUAGAAUGCUUAUGAAUUACUUUUCAAAAUUAUAAUACAUUCCGAUAAUAAGUUUAUACUUUUUUUAAUAAAAAUGAUAGUCAAAAAAA